UGUUCCACUCAUCAGGCUUAGGUAAAGUGCAACUAAGCAUAUUAUAUAGCUUGCUUCAGAAGUAAUAAAAUAAUAUAUAGAUAUAAAAGGUGAGAAAGAUUAUUGCAAAAAGAACAUCCAUAUAUUCUCUCAUCAUCCUUUGAUGAAAUCUGAAAAAAAUGCCACGCGAAGACGAUGAAACGGAGCUCCGCCACUCGGUCGGCGUCACCGGGGGUCUCAAGAAACAAUUGGAGGCUGCUGUGGCUGCAAAUGAGACAUUGAUGAAGGAAAACCAGGAACUAAAACAAGAGGUGGGUCGUUUGAAAGCACAAAUCAGUUCUCUUAAGGCACAUGACAAUGAGAGGAAAUCAUUGCUUUGGAAGAAGUUGCAUAGUAACCCUGACGACCGCAAUACGGGAUCGUCGGGUUUUGUGGAUUCAGAAAAUGGAUACCCGAAGCCGAGUUUUCACGAGUUGGCUAUGAGGAAAGAUAGGCAAUUGGAAGCACCAAAACCACCACCACCAUCAUCAAGGUCUCAUCAAAAGGAAGUGAAUGAAAACAAAGCUAAAACCCCGGCACUGGCACCGGCACCACCACCAUUGCCAACGAAGUUGUUAGCUGGUUCGAGAUCGGUCCGGCGCGUACCCGAAGUCGGGGAGCUUUACCGUUCUUUAACGAGGAAAGAUGCCAACAUGGAAAACAAGAGCAACAUGACAACAACCCCAUUGCUUGCAUUCACUAGGAACAUGAUUGGCGAAAUCGAAAACCGAUCAACAUAUGUUUCAGCUAUCAAAUCCGACGUGGAGAAACAAAAGGAGUUCAUAAAUUUCUUAAUCUCAGAGGUCCAAUCUGCAACGUUCAAAGACAUAACAGAUGUGGAAGGAUUUGUGAAAUGGUUAGAUGGAGAGCUAUCAUCCCUUGUUGAUGAAAGGGCCGUUCUGAAGCAUUUCCCACAGUGGCCGGAGAGAAAAGCCGACGCCAUGAGAGAAGCUGCUUUUAGCUACAGAGACUUGAAGAACCUUGAAGCUGAAGUGACGUCGUUUAAGGUCAAUCCCAAAGAGUCUUUUAAUUCAGAGCUUAAAAAGAUGCAAGCAUUGCAAGACAGGUUGGAACAAAGUGUGAAUAACAUAGAAAGGGUAAGAGAAAGCAGUGGGAAAAGAUACAGAGAAUUGCAGAUCCCAUGGGAAUGGAUGUUGGAUACAGGUUUUAUUGGUCAGAUGAAAUUCAGCUCAUUGAAGCUAGCCCAAGAAUACAUGAAAAGGACAGCUAAAGAACUGCAAUCCCAUGAAUGCUCUCAAGUUAACAAUCUCUUGCUUCAAGGAGUUCGAUUUGCAUACAGAGUUCACCAGUUCGCAGGUGGGUUUGAUGCAGACACCAUUCGAGCAUUCGAAGAUUUAAAGAAGACCAGCAACAUUAGUAACCCUAAACAAUAGCCUGAGACAAAUGGAAAUGCUUUGUUUAAAAUAUCCUCUAAGUUGAUCUACUUUUAUAGAUUUGAAAUUUAGUUUUUCUGUUUUUUUAAUUUAAUUUUUCUAUUUUCUGGAUUUCAAAUUUUAAGUCUAAUUACUAACAUCAUUAAAAUUCUUCUCUUAA